AUGGCAUAUAACGAUAAAUCGCGACUAAGAAGAUGUUGUUGUUGGUCUCUACUUGUUGUCGUCAUAGGCUUAAUCGCCAUCGCAAUUCUAGUAAUUGUACAAAAACGAAACGGGUCUGGUUUUGGUUUCGGUUUUGGCGGUGUCAAUCAGAAUUACUCCAAUGCUCUUAAACUUACCAUGAAGUAUUUCGACGUUCAGAAAUCUGGGAAAUUGGUAAAUAAUGAUAUAUCAUGGAGAGGAGAUUCUGCUCUUAAAGAUGGGAAUGAAGUAAAGUUAGACCUUUCUAAAGGAAUGUAUGAUGCUGGUGACCAUAUGAAAUUCGGUUUUCCCAUGGCUUUUACCGCCACCGUUCUUUCGUGGGCUAUACUCGAAUAUGGAGAUCGGAUGGACGUCGCCAAUCAGUUGAAACCAGCUCAAAAUUCCCUUAAGUGGAUCACCGAUUACCUCGCUAACGCACAUUCAAGCGACAAUGUGUUGUAUGUUCAGGUGGGUGAUCCGGUAAUUGAUCAUGGAUGUUGGGAUAGGCCGGAGGAUAUGACAGAAGCGAGGCCAGUCCUACAAGUUAACGUAUCAUAUCCGGGAUCGGAUGUCGCAGCCGAGACUGCAGCCGCGAUGGCUUCGGCUUCACUUGUAUUCAAGUCUAUAGAUUCCGCGUAUUCGAGUUCCCUCCUCCAACACGCGGAAAAACUCUUUGUUUUUGCGGACAAGCAUAGGGGUUCUUAUAGCAAGAGUAUUCCGAGUGUGAAGGAUUAUUACGAUUCAACCGGAUAUGGAGACGAGUUGUUAUGGGCGGCGAGUUGGCUCUUUCAUGCGACGGGAGAUGUGACUUACUUGGAUUAUGUGAAAGGAGAAAAUGGCGAAGAAUUUGCUAGUUGGGGAAAACCAACUUGGUUUAGUUGGGAUGAUAAAAGGGCUGCAACUCAGGUUUUGUUGUCGAGGAUAAGUUUUUUCGGAUCGAAAUCUAAUGCGAAGGGACUCGAUGAUUACAAGAGUACGGCCGACGCUGUUAUGUGCGGACUCCUCCCGAAUUCUCCUACCGCAACCGAUAGUAGAAAUGCGAAUGGUUUGAUAUGGAUUAGCGAAUGGAAUGCAUUGCAACACCCGAUAUCAUCUUCAUUUCUAGCAGUUCUCUAUAGUGAUUACAUGAUCGCCAAUAGCAUUUCAGAGCUAUCUUGCGAUGGUGAAAUCUUUUCACCAUCCGAUCUUCGUACAUUUGCCAUUUCCCAGGUGGAUUACGUUCUAGGCGAAAAUCCAAUGAAAAUGAGUUAUCUUGUGGGAUACGGUGACAAAUACCCUAAAUACGUGCACCAUAGAGGGUCAUCCAUCCCAGCCGAUGCAAAAACCGGAUGCAAGGAUGGAUGGAAGUGGCUAAGUGCGAAGGGUCCCAAUCCUAAUGUUGCAAUAGGAGCUGUUGUAGGAGGGCCUUUUCUAAACGAGACUUACAUUGAUUCGAGGAACAACUCAAUACAAGGAGAGCCAAGCACAUAUAAUAGUGCUCUUAUGGUUGGUGUAUUGUCGGGUUUGAUAACCACUUCUAAUAUGGUUACUUCAUUUUCGUAA